UUUCAAACCUUCGGCGGGAGAAAAUUUUAAGCUUCUUUCACUAUUGUUGUUUUAUUAACAAGUCGUUUUUAACUAAAAUGUAAAGUACUUAUAGCAAGUUAAAUUACAACCAGCCCUGGAAAGUCGCUCAGGAAGAGGGUAUUUGAUCAGAAGCAUGCAGUCCUCUAAAUUUGUAGUCAAGUGUGGGAAUUUUGCUGUGCUGGUGGAUCUUCACAUAUUGCCCUUAGGCAGCCAAGACAAUGCCAGCUGGUUCUUUCCGGAGCACAGGAAGGAAGUGGGCUCGCUAAUAAGAGAUGCAGUGGAGCAGAAGGUGAGGCAGUAUCAAGAGGCCAGACACCUGAAGAUCCAACCCAAACCAAGGAAAGAUUUCACCCUGACCUCCCCGCUCUGUCUUGAAGGUGGGAACAUUCAUCUGGCGGUGCAGUUCCUGAAACGACACGUCAACCUAAGAUGCGUUGUCAGGCAGCACUACCGAGAGUUGCGUGUAUUUCCUGAGCGUGUUGUAGUGUGUGCCAGUCCUCCAGAGAAUGCUGCACUUCCCAAUGUAAAUCAGAAUCUGGAUGUGAGUGAGCAGAGUGCACCAAGCAAGUCAAAGUAUUUUACUAGCCCUGGUGAAAGUGUAGAUCCAUUACCCAGCACUGCAGCAACGCAAAGGGCCAUCCUUCAGAAGAUUGCCAGGCAGGCUAAAAUCCAGCCCAUACAAUGCCAAGAUGAUCAAGGAUCCAGAUCAGCCCAGCUAAAUGUGGAUGCAACAGAGAAGAGAUCUUUCGAAGGCCAUGAAGGCCAUCAUACUGUACCUCUGUCAUCUGAGGGCUUGUUCACAGAUAAGUCAUUAGAGAUGGCUUGUGUGCAAGAGGAAGUGAAACCUGUGUUUUCAUCUGAAUUAGGUUAUAGCAAUAGGAGUGGGAGUGCACAGAGCUGCCCAAAUGAAGGUAAACCCUCAGAGCAGCUCAACAUUGAUCAGGCCGCUGCUCUAAGGAGAAGACAACGAACCCCAAGUAGCUCAGGGGAGGACCCUGUUCACCAGAAGGCAAAGAGAGUGCGUAUUGGAGAUGCUGCAGUACUAAGCAAUUCCAACAGGCUCUCUUCCGGCCUCACUGCACUUGGUUCCACUUGGAGUCCAUGUAAUGCAGUUCAGCCUGAGAUCAGAGUUCAAGAGGAGCAGCUUGCAAAUGGAAACAGCACCGCCAUGCAGACUAACCAAAGCAGGCUGGCCGCAAGUCUGAGAGACCUAUCCGUCAAGCCUGGAUCCUCUGGCUGCACUAUUAGUUCCAGAUCGGCCACCAGAGAGGAAAGGAGGGGAAGUGCGCCCAAAACAUCCCGAUUACGCCGGCUCAAGAAGUCCUGAGGGGCACAACGGCAGAGAGCAGGAGAGGAUGUUAGACGCCACCAAGAUGGAUGUUACAGUACACACUUCUACUGUAAUGCUGUCUGUCAAUGAUGGUUGCACAAGAGUUCACCACACAGAUUUUCAUGCUUUGCACACACAAUUUCCUUUCUGCCUUUAAAGAAAAAUGUUUCGGAGACACACACAUACAUGCAAUUACUUUUACUUGCUUGUGUUAGAUUAUUGAGAAGUUCUUAAAUAUUUGAAUAGGUUUAAUUUGCAAUGGAUUUAAAAUACCAGAACCAGUUAAAAGGGACACACACAAACAAUAACUGCACUCUAAAAAAAAAACAUGCAGCACAAAUGUAGAUGCAGUUUUCUGCGUAAGAUUUGAAUUUCAGACUAGCGGGAGCCACUGAGCACGCUGUGGCUUCAAGCCCAAAUCUCUGGCUCCAACUGUCUGAAUUCUGCUCUCUUCCAGCUUUAGUUGAGUACAUGAUUGAUUUCACUGUGUUCACACAUACAUACAGAGCUCCUUAAGCGAUCAGGGUUUUCACCGUUGGAGCCGACUGUCGUCUCCCUGUGGUUAUAGUUUGUAAAUGUGUUAUUGCUUUUCAUUACAUCGAGAUGACUGACAACAUUAUGGAUAGCUGUACAGUCUAUGUCUAAUAUUUGGCUAAUCAUGGGUGCAGUCAACCUUGAUAUAGAGUGUAAUGGCAGGCUGAUUAUAUUGUACGUGUGGACAUAAAUUCAUCUAGUCACAUGCUCUGAUUUUCCAGCCAUACAUACCAAUUCCAGCAUUCACUUUUGGUCUAUGUCUUUAGAAAAAUAGACAGAUGUGUCAUUGCCUAUCAUAAACAUAAUAUUCAAACAUUGUGCUGUAAUCAUUCCUUAAAGAGGUUGUUACGUAGGGUACAUAAAAGCAAUCUGAAUCUUUCAGUUGA